UCCCAGAUACCUGAUGCCAGCUUUGCUGGUAAUGUAGGCCACCGAAGCAAAUCCAGAGAGAUUGAGUUGGAAUUGGAGAGAGGCUCUGAGAUCUAUUUGCUUGGCUUCUUGACGACUAGGGGGUGUCUAACGUCUUUUUUUUUUUCUUUCCCACUAUAAAGGGGAUAUCACUUAAGAGGGAUCAUUAGCUGCGAGCAGCCCGGCUGGGUCAAGGCUGGGAGGCGGAGACACAGUUGCAAGCAGCGAAGCAAGGUGGAGGCACGAAGACAGAAGACCAGGUUAAUGAAAGCAUGAGGAGGCUCUUGGGCAGCAGCUUGAAAAAUUUUGGACAUGCUGACAGGGGAAACUAUGACUGGCUAAACAGUGAACCAGGUGGGCCACUUCUGGAAACAGAGCUUCAGAGCAGACAACAGACAAGUUCAACCAAAGACGACAUAGAACCAUUUCUGUGUAUCAUAUUGCCUGCCACCAUGAUGCUCUUCCUGGCAUUCCUGCUACUCUUCCUGUACCGCCGUUGCCAGCGCCGCACUCAGCAGGGGCAGAUCUUCAGCAUUGACCUUCCUGAGGCCCUGCCUGAGCACGAUGUGUCCCAUUUCCUUUCUGCGCUGCCCUGGAGCAGUGAACAGAGUUUCCACUACUCCACGCUGCUCCCUGAUGCCACAUUCCUCUCUGUGUGUUUGCCUCCAUCAUAUGAGGAAGCCACCAUGAAGACUUCCAUGGGAGAGGCUCACAUUGAGCUUUCUCCAGACCCAGUGCCUCCUUAUGAAGAGAGCACGCUGCAGGCCAGCAGCACCAAAUAAACUUCCUAUGGAAGCACCUUAGCUGAAGCGUGAAGCACAAAGGUAGAACUGCUAUGGCCUUUAAAAUUUGGGAAAAGAUUCCAAAUGAGGCACAUUUAUGAAGGAAGAAACUUGAAGAGACAGGGAAUGAGUCUCUUCACCUCAUCAUAGGAUUCUCUACCUUCCAUUUUUGACAAGUGUACACACGGUGUAGCACCAAAUCCAAUCCAGACUAGUAACACAGGGAUUCGAGUUAACAAACAUGUCAUGCAAGGUUUAAACUUAUGGAAAGCUGGGAAGCUCUUCCUCUGUAAUCCCUCAGCUACAAGGAAAUGGCAAUAACACUAUAGAUUCAGCAGUCACAAAAAGGGCUUUUAGCACAUACCUAUUUCAGUUUGGUUUUUUUUCUACUUUAUGCAUUUAUUUUCAAACGAGUUUUUGACAAGCUGAGUCACUCAGCCUGCGUGUGUUAACAUCACAUCAUUCUGCAGUGCUCUGGAAUGAUCAAUCAGCUCUCAGGAAAGCAAGUAAACAUAUAACCUCUACAAAAUUUCCAGUAACUGUCCCCAAAGGUUCAAAUGUGCACUAUGAAUAAAGGUUGUCUUUUCUCAUGAUUGAACACGAGGACAACCAGAGGAGAUCUGUUUAUUCUGGGUGAGGAAGACUCCAUACAAGAGUACACUCACACUAUUGCUGCAAGCUGCUUGCCAAGUCUGCAAGGUCCCAACAUUCCAGACUACUCGCUUGACUUCUUUUCCAAGUCUAAAAUAAUAAUAAAUCAUGCAACUUACUUGGUGCAGCGUGUAAACAACUUGGGGAAAAAUUAAUAAAAUCUAGUGCACCAAAAAAAAAA